AUGUGGACGAUCUGGUCGUUGCGAGCCAGCAACCCGUGCACAACGUGCAACAACGUGACCCGCCAGUGUGUCAAUCCGGAUCCGCUUUGCGGGAGCUUCUGCGGCGGCUUUGAUGGCGCGUGCGUGGUCGACAACGAGCCUGGCGCGCCAUGUGCUGCCGUUCCGGGUACCUCGAUCACUUGUUGUGCCUGCCACUCGGACUGGGCCAAGGGCUGCGUGCCCGGAUCGUCUCCGCCGCCGCCGCCACCGCCAGCACUCCCGGUCUGCGGCACCAUUUGCUCGUCGUCGGGCGAGUGUGAGGCAUCCGAGACGUGCCCGUCGUGCGUGGCGUACCACUGCGCGCACAACGCAUCGUGUGGCCAGGUGUGCAUCUCGUCGGGCGAGUGCGCGUCGAAUCCGCCGUCGUGCCGGCACUGCGUGUACAACCAGUGCUCCGAGGGCCUCGCCUGCGGUGCGAGCUGUGCAUCUUCGCAGCAAUGCAAGGACUCGUGUCCGGUGUGCGGCCACAUCGCGACGUGCGUCUCGUCUGAAGCCUGGCGCGCCACCGUCGAUGCAGCCACAGCUUCCGGCACGCUUGCCGAGCUACACGCCGCGCGCGCUGCCGCUCUCGCAGCCGCCGCUGCCGGUACCCCCUAA